CACGACAUCCCGCCCGAAUCUUGUUAUCGAUGCGCAAUUGACAGUCGAAAUGGGCCAUCUUCACAGAAACAAAAUCAACAUGCAAGGAUCUCUGCCUUCUUCUCCUAAUAACCAGAGCCUAAGUGAUUCCUCGGGGACAGAAGAAAGUCUGAAGAACAUGUCUGAAGACAAUGCCGGAAAGCUUGAGAAGUCACUGGAAACUUUCCCGGAAUCUCCCCGCUCCGAGUGUUCCGACUCCAGCUCCGGGAUAGAGACACCUGAUAAACGCUUCUCUGGGAAAUGGAAAGAGAGCGCACAAGAGAGGGAUAUUCGCCGGUACAGGACAGCCUUCUCUAAAGAGCAACUCAACAGAUUAGAAAAGGAAUUUCUCAAAGAAAAUUACGUUUCUCGCCCAAAGAGAUGUGAACUUGCCGCUCAACUAAACCUCUCAGAAAGCACCAUCAAGGUAUGGUUUCAGAACCGCCGUAUGAAGGACAAACGUCAGAGACUGGCCCUGACCUGGCCCUAUGGGAUCCCUCCAGAUCCCCAGUUGUACGCCUACCUGGCCGCUGCCGCAGCCUCCUACCCGUACGGCGUACCGAGUGCUUCCUCUAUACCCUAUCCCUCCCUCGGACUUCACGGACUUUCGUCUUCUGCUGGUUCAGCAUUUACGCCAUUGUCCGUUCCUAGUCCUCUUCCGUCACGUCUUGACAUGUUGAACUCCCUGGCACACACCAGCAGUCCCCUUCACCGUCUACCAGGCUUAGAUGCGCUCCCUCCCAUCUCAUCCGCAUCCACAGGGCUCCACAUGCCACCCAGAAUGCACUUUCCCUGGAUGGAACACAAUCCCGCCAUUUGUGGCGCGACAUCGGGAAAACCUUGCACGUGCACCACUCAUGGACCUUUUGGACUGUCUUCCUCAUCCAUUUCCUCACCCAUCACGGGUCUUUUCCCACCAACACCAUUUACGUCAUCUCCACUUCGCACUUCUCCACUAACCUCGACGCAACAUCCACUCCUACAGAAGGCCGACCUAGAGAGAUCGUGAGAUCGCAUUAAAUGAUAGACAAUUUAUUGCUUGAAUGUUGGGUGCGUGAGAGAAUGAAAUAAAUAAAUAACGAACCAAUGGUCUAUAAAUGAUUAGAAUGAAAGAGAGCAAUUUGAAUACUCAUGAUUAAUGUAAGUUUAAUAUUGCCAAUGAUCUUUUAGCAAAUCCAUGUAAAUAUAACCUUCCAUAGUAGGUAGUCUUCAGUGACGCCUCGUAGCAGCAGACACAAAAGUAGAAACACUGUCACGUGAUUCUUUGUUGUAUUUAUAUUUUGAGAUGUUGUUUUAACAUAUGAACUGUUAUUAAACGACUGAAGCCA